AAUCAGCCCAUCCAAAUAGCAAAGCAAUGGGCGGUGGCGGCGAAAAAGUCCCCGGACAGCACGUUUCCUCCGCCCCUUCCUCCAUGCCCAAAGCACCAAACUAACAAUGGUUUCAAAAACAGAUACAUGGGCUGGUGGGGCAGCUUCGGUUCCCCACCACAAAAGGGAAUAUCUGACUACACGCUCUCGGCGAAUCGUCAGCGUCCGCUGGCUGGUAGCAUGCACGCGGCCGUUUUCAAUUCCUGGCGAAGGUUCAAGGGCCAAGUGUUGUACGUUGUGCCGCCAUUCAUCGUUGCGUACAUGGUUAUGGAUUGGGCUGUCAAGGAGUACAUGCCCUCACUUUUCUUGAUAGAGUUGGAUGGUGGGCUGAUUGCGAUGGUUUUAGGAAUCACUUUUUGAACAGUAAGGAGGGACGCAAGCUUCAUGGUGCUGGGGAAGAAUAGAGGGGAGGGUCUGGGGGGGUUGAUAGAUUGACGGAUGGAUAAGUGGGUGGAUUUGCCCGGGAGGGCUCUUGUGGGUGUUUGUGAUUGUGUCGGAUAUCCCUAAGAGAGCCCAGCUUGCAUAGAGAAUUGAAAAAUCAACAUCUCUGCUUUUCGUAUUAAUUGGUUCGAUAUUGACUUCACAUGGCCCCCGUGGCGCAUUGCCAAAUCGCUGUGGGAAUCCAUAGGUUCACCUCCCAUUAUCAACAUAGAUGGGGGAAUUGUGCGGGCGAACCAAUAACCGAUGGGUAGCUAAUGAUACACUAAAAACGAAUAACAA